GAAAAACUACGUUACCCAAACUGCCUCCGCCGCCCUCUGACUUUCAGGGGCCUCUCACAUGACUGUCAGGCGGCUGCACCAUGGCGGAAGCAGAAGCGAAGGAAACCAGGUCUAAUGAAGAAUCUACUGAUGAUUCUGAGCAUUUUGUGUCUGUCCUACCUACUGAGGUGCAGCAUCUUGUAAAGGAAGAUGAGAGUGAAGAAGAACCCAAGCUGAAGUAUGAAAGGCUUUCUAAUGGAGUGACUGAAAUUCUCCAAAAGGAUGCAGCCAGCUGCAUGACAGUGCAUGAAAAGUUUCUGGCACUUGGAACACAUUAUGGCAAGGUUUAUUUACUUGAUGUUCAAGGGAACAUCACCCAAAAGGUUGACAUAAGCCCAGUGAAGAUAAAUCAGAUCAGCAUGGAUGAAAGUGGAGAACAUAUGGGCAUAUGCUCAGAAGAUGGCAAGGUACAGGUAUUUGGAUUGUAUUCAGGAGAAGAAUUUCAUGAGACAUUUGACUGCCCUAUCAAAAUUGUUGCUGUCCACCCUCAGUUUGUAAGAUCCCACUGCAAACAGUUUGUAACAGGAGGAAAAAAGUUGCUGUUAUAUGAGAAGACUUGGAUGAACAGAUGGAAGCCUUCUGUUUUACAUGAAGGAGAAGGAAAUAUAAGAAGUGUAAAAUGGAGAGGGCACUUAAUUGCUUGGGCCAAUAACAUGGGUGUGAAGAUACUUGACAUGAUCUCCAAGCAAAGAAUUACCAAUGUGCCUCGUGAUGAUAUAAGCCUUCGCCCAGAUAUGUAUCCCUGCAGCCUUUGCUGGAAAGAUAAUUUAACACUGAUUAUUGGCUGGGGAACUUCAGUAAAGAUAUGUUCGGUAAAGGAGCGGCAUGCAAGUGAAAUGCGAGACCUGCCAAGCCGCUAUGUAGAAAUAAUUUUCCAGUUUGAUACUGAAUUCUACAUCAGUGGACUUGCACCUCUCUGCGACCAGCUUGUUGUACUUUCAUAUGUAAAGGAGGUUUCUGAGAAAACGGAAAUGGAAUGUUGUGCAAGACCUAGACUGGAUAUUAUCCAACCUCUACCUGAAUCUUGUGAAGAGAUCUCUUCUGAUGCUCUGACUGUUAGAGGGUUCCAAGAAAACGAAUGUAGAGAUUAUCAUUUAGAGCAUUCCGAGGGUGAAUCGCUAUUUUACAUUAUUAGUCCACGAGAUAUUGUUGUGGCUAAAGAGCGGGACCAAGAUGACCACAUUGACUGGCUUCUGGAAAAGAAGAAAUAUGAGGAGGCUUUGAUGGCUGCUGAGAUCAGUCAGAAGACCAUAAAAAAACACAGGAUUUUGGACAUAGGCUUAGCCUAUAUAAAUCAUCUAAUGGAGAAAGGAGAGUAUGACUUGGCUGCCAGAAAAUGUCAAAGAAUACUUGGAAAGAACACAGAACUCUGGGAGUUUGAAGUUUAUAAAUUUAAAGAAAUAGGACAACUUAAGGCAAUUAGCCGUUAUUUGCCAAGACGAGAUCCAGUUCUGAAGCCUCUCAUCUAUGAAAUGGUCCUGCAUGAGUUUUUGGAGAGUGACUAUGAGGGUUUCGCUACACUGAUCAAAGAGUGGCCUGGAGAUCUCUAUAACAACACGAUCAUAGUUCAAGUAGUAGUGGAUCACCUGAAGAAAGAUCCACAGAAUAGAACCUUGCUCAGCACUCUUGCAGAAUUAUACACUUAUGACCAACGCUAUGGCAAAGCCCUUGAAAUUUACCUAACCCUGAGGCAUAAAGAUGUGUUCCAGUUGAUCCAUAAACAUAAUCUUUUCAGUUCUAUCAGAGACAAAAUUGUUCUCCUCAUGGAUUUUGAUUCAGAGAAAGCAGUGGACAUGCUAUUGGAUAACGAAGAUAAAAUUUCAAUUGACAAAGUUGUAGAAGAAUUAGAAAACAGGCCUGAAUUACAACAUGUGUAUUUGCAUAAGCUUUUCAAAAGAGAUCAUCAUAAAGGACAGAGGUACCAUGAGAAACAGAUCAGUCUGUACGCUGAAUAUGAUCGUCCAAAUCUGCUGCCAUUUCUCAGAGACAGCACACAUUGUCCCUUAGAGAAGGCUCUUGAAAUCUGCCAACAAAGGUACUUUGUAGAAGAGACGGUCUAUCUUCUGAGCAGAAUGGGUAAUAGCCGGAGUGCACUGAAGAUGAUAAUGGAAGAAUUGCAUGAUGUAGAUAAGGCUAUUGAAUUUGCCAAGGAACAAGAUGAUGGAGAACUAUGGGAAGAUCUCAUUUUAUAUUCUAUCGACAAACCACCUUUUAUUACUGGCUUGUUAAACAACAUUGGAACCCAUGUUGACCCCAUUCUUCUGAUUCACCGCAUUAAGGAAGGCAUGGAAAUUCCUAAUCUGAGAGAUUCACUAGUGAAAAUUCUCCAGGACUACAAUUUGCAGAUUUUGCUGCGUGAGGGAUGCAAGAAGAUACUUGUUGCAGACUCACUGUCCCUGUUGAAGAAAAUGCACCGGACUCAAAUGAAAGGCGUCCGUGUGGAUGAGGAGAAUAUCUGUGAAUCAUGUCUUUCCCCUAUACUUCCUACAGAUGCAUCCAAAUCCUUCAGUGUGACAGUGUUCCAUUGCAGACAUAUGUUUCACAAAGAGUGCCUCACCGUACCUAGCACAAUGUCCCCAUUGCCCUUCUGCAACAUCUGCAGUGCUAAGCACAGAGGACCAGGCAGUGCCAUCUUGGAGAUGAAAAAAUAGCAUUCUUCAUAUACUCUCAUGCAUGUCUGACACAACCAUUCUGUGGCACUAAGCAGUGCCAUUGCUGAUGAUGAUGUUAUAAAACUGUAUGUAAUUCUGAGUGUGGUUUAAAAUGCAUUUCUAUAAAUUAUCCAAUUUACUGAAAUUUUCUUGUAUAUGCCCAGAAAGAAAAAGUGGCAAAAACAAUAUGUAUUCACCUGGUACAUCUUUGUUACGCAAUACAGAUUUUUACUAGUCAUGUCCUUGUUGCCCAAAUCUGAAACUACAGUUAGAUAUUUAUAUGCAAUUUCAGCAUGUAUAGUUCUCAUUGAUUUCAGUGGAACUGUUCAAAUAUGUAGGAACAGUUAGGAUGUUAAUGCCUUUCUGAAUUGAUACUGAAAUAAAUGAGUUGUUAACAUCUAA